AAGCAAGAACUAACAAAAUCAUAAUUAUGGUGCAAGUAAGCUCCAGUACCAGUAAUCGCCAUUAAAAACUUUUCCUCAAUUUGCUGCUCGUUACCGGCUAAAUACAGAGCAGUGUCCCGGGAAGUGAACGUCGUCGCUAUUAGUAUAACAAGGAACGCCCUCCGAAGGUGUGUUGAAGGACCUUUUCAAAUUGAAACCAAGUACUGAACCAGUUUUAAAUUGGAUAGUUAUAAAAUGAGCCGUUCAACGGGCAAGGUUCAUUUGAGUUUCAUCUUCGAGGAGAAAUAGAUCAGUGCUUCUGUUUCACCGAAAGUAAUGAAGCUGAACAAACUGAACCCACGGUGGGAUGCGUACGACCGACGGGAUUCGUUCUGGUUGCAGUUGCUUUGUUUGAAAUAUUUGGGCCUAUGGCCACCGGAAGAUACGGAUCAGGCAACGCGGAACCGGUACAUCGCGUACGGUUGGGCUUUGCGGAUCGUGUUUCUACAUCUGUACGCUCUAACGCAAGCCCUAUACUUCAAGGAUGUGAAGGAUAUUAAUGACAUCGCAAAUGCAUUGUUCGUGCUUAUGACUCAAGUGACGUUGAUCUACAAGCUGGAAAAGUUUAACUACAACAUCGCACGGAUUCAAGCUUGUCUGCGCAAGCUUAACUGCACACUGUAUCACCCGAAACAGCGCGAAGAAUUCAGCCCCGUUUUACGAUCGAUGAGUGGAGUGUUUUGGCUGAUGAUCUUUCUCAUGUUUGUGGCCAUCUUCACCAUCAUCAUGUGGGUUAUGUCGCCAGCCUUCGACAAUGAACGUCGUCUGCCCGUGCCGGCCUGGUUCCCGGUGGACUAUCACCGUUCGGACAUCGUGUACGGUGUACUGUUCCUGUAUCAAACCAUUGGAAUCGUCAUGAGCGCAACGUACAACUUCUCGACCGAUACCAUGUUUUCCGGCUUGAUGCUACACAUAAAUGGACAAAUUGUGCGGCUUGGUAGUAUGGUUAAAAAGCUUGGACAUGACGUCCCUCCCGAACGCCAAUUGGUCGCAACGGAUGCGGAAUGGAAAGAGAUGCGAAAGCGCAUCGACCAUCACUCCAAAGUGUACGGUACGAUGUACGCUAAAGUAACGGAGUGUGUGCUGUUUCACAAGGACAUCUUAAGCUUCGGCGAUGAAGUGCAGGACAUUUUCCAAGGAUCUAUCUUCGCGCAAGUAUGCGCGUCUGUAAUUAUCAUUUGUAUGACACUGCUGCAAGCUACCGGGGACGAUGUUACGAUGGCCGAUCUGCUGGGCUGUGGGUUCUAUUUGCUAGUAAUGACAUCGCAAGUGUUUAUUUUCUGUUACGUAGGGAAUGAAAUCUCCUAUACGACGGAUAAAUUUACAGAGUUUGUUGGGUUUUCCAACUACUUCAAGUUCGAUAAGCGUACCAGCCAAGCAAUGAUAUUUUUUCUGCAAAUGACUCUUAAAGAUGUUCACAUCAAGGUCGGAAGUGUCUUGAAGGUUACGCUAAAUCUUCACACAUUCUUGCAGAUUAUGAAGCUAUCGUACUCCUAUCUGGCAGUACUUCAGAGCAUGGAAUCAGAGUAAUGGUGCUAAUAUCCUUAAUGUUGAAAUUAUAUUUUGUUAGAUUUAUUGCAUAAAGUAAUAUUUAAUUUUAUACAUCAAACGUAAGCCCGCUAGUUUUCAAUUAGCCUUUUCCAAAAUUUAUCAAAUUGAUUUCAAAUUGAUUGCAGAGUUUUAGGAAUUUAAUCUGAUAGGAUAUCUUGUUCAUCCAAUAGAGGUGUGGAAGCGUUCCCAAGCCAUUCGUUUGAUAGUUUAUAGCACCGUCGAUCAGUUGAUCGCUGUGAUCGCUAGGGGCACCUGAUUUUAUCUUUAUCUCGCACCUGUUAUGGCAAGGGCGCUUUCCACACGUUUCACACAAUAUAAUGCACAUGUAUAAUGCAUUCUUACUUUAGCAUUUUUGUUACAUAUAAUACCAAAAUUAUGCAUUUUUAUUCUCACGCAACGAUUAGAGGAUGACUUCACAAAGGUCCAUCUAGUGGUCGAAAGAACAUACAAUUAUACCUCUCAAAAUCUCACAGCAAAAUAAGAAACAAAAGGAUACCAAGCAUAUCCUUUUUUUUACUUGACAAUUUCAUUUGAUUUAUGUAAUAAAGCACUGCACGUCGACUUCCUAAAUUUAUUCAUGAAUUCAUCUUGAAGCAGAAUAAACGUUCAUUAGAAUAAUUAUACAAAAUCGGAACGCUUGUUUGUUAAUAAAUAAAAUAAAUCACGAAGUAGUGCAAUGAAUUUACGAAGUAGUGCAAUAAAAGGGCUGUAAGAAUAAGCCGAAUUAGAAAAAGAAAACACUAAUGAUUUAGAAUUCAUCCAUGGGAAAGA